AUGACCAGCAAACCGGAACCAGACAAAUUGGGACGGAACAUGAAAGCGCUGCCCGCGAGCUGCCAAAAACUGGCCGACGGUAUCCAGCAGUCGUGGAACAGGGCAAUCCCGGAGAAUUCGUACAUCCAGCUCGGUACCCUCCGGUACGGUGUGCGCCUAUCGAACACGGGCCUACUGGAUGGAGGCGGAGGCAAAUCCGCCAGCCACCAGCAGCCGAUGGAUGAUGUGCCGGGAAGCAACUCCCGUGGAUCGAUCACUUCGUACGAACUCGCAACGAACGGCGAACGGUGCCGUGGCGUCGAAAGUGUCCACACUAAGAAUAGAAAAUCAUCUCCCUCAGCAUCGACAGCAUCGACGGCGGCGGUGGCGGCAGCGGCGUCGGGUGGUUCGCCAGUAGCAGCAUCAACGCCCGACCGCACCUCGUUUCUGGACCAGCAGCGAGCGUUGAGGCACCCUGCCCCACUGGCGCCCGGUCGGAGCAACGGUCACGUCGCUCUCAGUCCGUCGGCGCACCCGUACGGUCACGGAAGUUACGACGCUCCCGGCCACGGCAGCGGCGAUACGGUAUCCUUGCCUGGUGCUGGUGGCUACAGCAACGGUCAUAGCAGCAGCGGCAGCAGCAACAACAACAACGGUUAUCACAGCAUCAGUCCAACCGGUGGCAGCGGAAGCAGCAGCGUUAACGGAGGCCGUAACGCCGACGAUCAGCAGCAGUACGUGGGGCGCGACAACUCACCUCGGUGCUCGGCCGUCGUCUGCUGUUACGGCAGCACAACCGGAAGUGCCAAGUGCAAAAGGCAGCCACCGAAACGCUCUCCAGUGCCGGACGGGGCUGAUUUCACUCUUCAACAACCCCAUCGGCACGAUCGGUCCGGGAUCGAUGAGCGGUCGUGGAGUGGAACGGGCAACGAUGCGGACGGUGAUGCUGCCAGCCAGAAACGGUUCUGCGCCGAAGGUGGUGGUGGCGGCGCCGACGGCAUAUCAAGUGGCCCUAGCUUCUAUCGACCCGGCGAUGGCAAUUUAAAUUUAAAUCCGAGAAACGCACCACAACACCAGCAGCUGCAGCAGCAAGUGUUACAGCGUUGGCCGCGUGGGGGGGUGUGCAGAAAAGAACAUGCGAACAUAAAUAAUUUCGAGAAAAGCAGAAUUUCGUCCGAGCCGGAGGAGUCUGGCUGCUUUGGACCGGUCCGGUUGCUCGCCGGCGAAGGUCUGAGGGUGGUUUCGGCAGCGAGGUCCGCGUCACCACCUGCGUCCUCGCCACCACCACCUUCGGGGUACCCGAUUCCGGGCCCAUAUCCUCCCAGUCCCGGAGCGUGGAGUGUCCCAUCCAGCACCAGCGAUAGCGUUGUCGGACAACGGCGUCGAGUCCUUCAACCACCGUCCUCGCUACCGGUCGUGAAGUCGUACAGCUUUCACCGGGACCGCUCCGGCUCUCCCGGGGGCGGCGGCACCCCCACCACCGCUGGUGGUCAGCUGUUCGAGUCGCCGCUUUUCGAUUCGUUCGUUGGCCGAAAUAAAUCGUUUCGUAACGCCAGCAACGCGAGACGAUUGGCCCGCGAUGGUCCGAUCGAUGGUGGCGCAGUAGCCGCUGCGAGGCACACGAGCGACGGUGAGAACGCGCGGCCUCAGUACGGGCGGACGAGCGUAACGCGCAAAUCUUCGUUGCCCUCACUGCAGCCAGCGGGGGCCGGACAGACGAGCGGCCGGGCAUCCGUCGACGAGUGCUAUCCCUUCGACAAGUCCACCUGCCAGCCGGAGUGCAUCCUGACGCCCCGAUCCCACCGCAAGCACCCGCAGUGCAGUGAUGCGCUCAACGAGAUCCGGCUGCAAUCGCUCAGCAAGUACUGCAACCAGCUGCUGCUGGCCGGAGCGGCCCGGCAGGUGGCCCCCGAGCAGCCAGCUCCCCGCACGAUCGACGAUCUGGAGGAGGAGCUCGGUUACAUUGACUCGUCGGAUCCGUCAUCGGGGAUCGGGGACUGUGACCGCAACUACGGUCACAGUCUGACCGUCGCCCGUAAGCACCGACGGCCAGCAGGCCAGCAUCAGUCGGCCCCGCAACCCCGCUAUCACCACCAGCAACAACAACAACAUUCGUCGAUCAUCACCCACAGCACGGUGCGGAUCGCGGCCGCCAUCGUGACCAGUAGUGGCGGCGGCAUCGGCAGGGGUGGCACUUUGCCAGCAGUAACCUCACCGACACUCGGCCACGCACCGUACGGUGCUGGUGGUGUUGGUGGUGAAGAUCACAGAAACAAUUACAUCGACUCGUCCUCGGACGAGCUGAGCAGUGUGUGCAGUGGGUUCGAGCAGCUAGCGCGCGCCUGUAGUAGUGCCGCCACCGACGAGGUGGACCAGGUUCGCUCCUCGUACCGGGCGUCUCAUUCCGCGCGUAACACCAGUAACGCAACCACCAUUGAUCCGUACGGCGGCGAAACCGAAUCCGCCUUACCACCGAAGGGUAUCGUUUCCUGCGCCAGUGGCAUCCUAGUAGUCGAUGGCUGCAACAGUGAUGGCAGUGGCAGUAACAGCAGUAACAGUGAGGAGGGCGAACAGCGGAGCAAGUUCACCACCACUCCGGCGGCUAAGAAUAGCCGCGCCACGCUAGUGAACGGUGGUGGUGCUAGUGGUGGUGGCGGUGGACUCACUGUUACGGCCGCCGCCAGCGGGCAGCAGCAGGCGGCGUCGUCCUCUCCGUCGCACGGUGGGUUGAACUGCUUCGGAAGAAACACUUCUUCCACACACUUCCAUGCGGCAGCGGGCGGCCCGACAGUGGACAAAACGAUAAUGGAGAAGCGUAGCAGUAAUACCCUCGACCGCCUGCAGCGGUUGGUGAAGAAAAGCACCUCGGGACUGAAUGAAAAGAAUAAUAGCAGCGGCGCGGCUGGACCGAAUGGUCCAGUCAGUUCGGGCGGCGGCAAAACGGAGCGGCUGCGCGAGUUAACCGAUCUACUGAAGGGUAGCGUUAGAGCUCCACCGCCGGUGCCGCCUCCUCGGCGUGCCAAGCACACACAAAGCAUCGAUCGGAUCAACCCGUUCGAGCGUCCAGCCACGGCCGCCUCGUCGUCGGCCUCUAGUCUACUCAACAUCGAUGCGCUGCGCCCGGACACGGCGUCGACAGAAUCGGACCUGCUGCUGCUGCGGGGCAAAGCGUCGCGCUCGGUCGACCUGCCGUACCGCUUUGCCGCCGAGCCGAGCCAACGCAUGUCGACACCGAGUUCGCCGCAAACGGAGCACAAACCGAUGAGCCUGCGGGCGAACGUGAGCACCUCGAACCUGGAGGCGCUACACGAGCGCCGGGCCCCCGGGAAGCCAUCCGUGGGCGAGGAGUGCAAAUCGGAGACGGCGCUCAAGCUGGACGAUGAGGAGCUGUUCGCGAAAUUGUCCCGCCCCGAGUCGCGCACGAUCGUGGGCUCGUACACGCAGAAGACGAUCCCGUUCCGCAGUGCGUCCUUUUCGCAGGUCGACUACUCGUCCGGCAAGUACAUCCGGUCGGCGUUAGGUGCGCUCAAAAGCAGCUUGCUGCAGAAGACCAGCGUGGACAAUGGCCCCCCCACCGAUAGUCCGGCGGAACUGUUCCCUUGCCCAGCGGACCCAGACGACACGCUGGCCGCUGGAUCACCGGACGACACGGAUGUGGCCAAGUUGACGAUAAAAAAGACAGAGCUAAGCAUCAAUCUGGCACCGCUCGAGUACGACUUCGGGCGCCCGACGCACGACGAACGGUCGCUGAAGCAGCGACUCGGCGACGGCAAGGACCUCUCGUCGAACCGCAACUCGGACAUUGAAACGAUCGUCGAAGAUCCGGUGGCGGAACAUGUCGAGAGCGUAGAAAACGGGACUGCCGAGGUUCCGGACGAUCCGACAACCAGCAUCAGCGUGAUGCAAGCGUCCGAGAUGGUGCUGGAACCGUUGGUGGAGGAAGGCAUUCCGAUCACCCCGACGGCGCUGUCGAAGGACGACGAGUGUUUGCAGCAGGCCACGACCUGCCUCAUACCCGUGCCCGUCUACGACUGUGUGGUCAGCGAGUGGAGUACGGCGCGGCCCUCGGAACAGUGGAUCGACGCGUCGAUGACGGAGUACGCCAAGUUUUCCGACUGCCUCGACAGCAUCAAGGAGGUCAACGAGAGUGUGUUCAGUGACCCGCCCCAGCCGGCUCCGGCCGAAGAAGACUUUCCCGGGGAGAAGAUUACCGUCGAAGGGCCACCGCAGGUCAUCGAACCACAAACGAGCGUAGAACUCUCCGAGGACGGUACCGAACCGUUGCUCUGCACCCCGCCGGUGUCGAUCGUUUUCACCGAGCCGGAAAGCACCGAGUUUACGACGAUCGUCGACGGUGGCACAGGUGGCGGUAUACACAAGGUGUCAGUCAUGCUGGACGACGGCAGCGAGGUGGUGGAAAUGGUCGAGGUACGGAAGCGCCACAGCAACCAAGAGGACACCGGUGGCGGAGGUGACACACCCAACUGUCGCCACUCGAACGAAGGAGACGAAAAGCGAAGGCUGGAGUCACGCAAAUCACGCCGCAAAGGCAUCUACAUCCAGUGGCCGGCCAUCGAUGGCAACAGCGAACUGGAACCGGAACUGGGCGAAAGUCUCUCUCCGCCGACCGUCACCGACGAGGCCGGUGUGGGCUGGAGUGCGGACUGUGGUUUGGGGCGGGGUCACGAAAAGGACUCGAGCCUUGAGCUGAGCGGCGAAAGCUUCACCGAUUUGAGUGUGCGCGAUGAGGCGGGCGAUAGUUUGGGGGCCGAUCCGGUUGAACGGUCCGGAAACUGCUCCCCGGAUGGAGGCCGGUACCGGCUGGAUCCGACCACACCCGAGUCGGACCCGGGCAAGGGACCGGUUUGGCCGGGCAGCAAACGGCGCCAGAGUCUCACCUACCAGAGUUCGGACGAAAAGGACGACACGCUUCCGGCGCCCACGUUGGCCGUCCGCUCGCUGAAAACCCUGUUCCUGCGGUCGGACUCGGUGUCGGACAACGAGAGUGACCGGGCGUCGUCGAGGGACCGCACGAGCGCCUCGCCGGCCGCCGGUGGUCAAGGCGAUCCGGACCUGCGGCGCUACUCGAAGCGACCCCUGCGUGGUCCCUACGGUCAGAUGCUGGAGGCCGAAAUGAAGAAGCCCACCACGAAAGUACAGUACAACGAAAUCCUGGAGGAGCUGACGCGCAACGAAAGCCAUGGUUCACUGACGAGCGUUGCGCGGAAUCGCGGCAGCGCCGGAAGCCAGUCGAUGGACGAAACGAACGAUCGGCACGGCGGUGGCAAGGCUUCGGGGAAGCCACGGAAAGCGAGCGCCAAUCUGCCGGUCCCGACGCACGUCCGGACCACUUCCAGCCCCUCCAAGCUGUCCGAUUCCUCUUCGUCGAAUGCGUGGGCCGCCGCCGUUGCUACCCAAAGCGCCGCCAAACGUCAUCUCAGCAACAUCGAACAGCGCAGCACGGACUCGGACCGGUCGGAGAAAUCGACUGGUGGUGGCAAGAAGUUUUCGCUGGACAGUCACCACGGCGAGAAGCUGUCCAAGCGGGCGUCCGAAGGGGGAGGAAUCGUGCGAGAGAAGCCAACGAGCAAGCGGAGCGGAUCGAGUGCGAGUGACAAGCUACCGAAACGCAGCCUGGAUGAGGUCCGACUGUCACAGACGAGCCGCACGCCGUCGGAGCGAAGUAUCGCGCUAGUGCCGGAUACUGCGGGGACACCGAAAGGCAUGGCAGCGUCGCCGGAGCUGCUGGCCGAGCUGCUCAAGGGUUCGAGCGAGAAGCUCAUUACCGAGCAGCUGACAACGGGUGGCGCGCCGGGCAACCCGAGCACCGCGCUACCAUCGGCUGUGCUCAACUGUUUGGAUACGCGAACACACGUGGUGGUCGAGCUGUUCAACACGGAAAAGUCGUACGUGGAGUCGCUGCAAACAAUAGUAUUGAAAUACUUGAAUCAACUGAAGUCGUCCGAAAACUCGGCCCUGGUCGACGCGCAAACGGUGGACGAGAUUUUCUUCAUGGUCCCGGCGAUACUCAACAUACACGAGCGCUUCCUGGAGGAGCUGCGCCGCCGGCUGGACUCCUGGGACAAGAUGCAAAUGAUAGGGGACGCGUUCGUCGAUGUGUUUUCUCGCCCGGUCAUACUCGACACGUACACGGCGUUCGUGAACAACUGGAACCGGGCGAAGGAUGCGAUACGCAGUGCGAGACAGAAGUGCCCGGCGUUUGCGAGGUUUCUGGAGGCAAUGGCCCGCGAGCACAAGGGAAAACUUUCGCUCGACAACCUGCUGAUCAAGCCCGUACAAAAGUUUCCCAACUAUGAACUCAUUUUUACAAGACUGAUUAAGCACACGGAUGUGGCACACCCGGACCAGAAGCCAUUGCAGGAAGCUUUAAAACUGGUGCACGAUAUUCUGAUGUUUCUCAACUGCAAGGAAAAGGAAGCCCUCGAGAAUGGGCAACGCGAGACGGCGCUGCGCGAGCUGGAGGGUGUGAUCGAGGGGAUGAACGAUCUGGUGACACCCGAGCGGGCCUUUCUCCGGCGCGACCUCGUGUCGAUGUCGUCGGGCCAGGUAACGCUCAAGGAGCGCGGUUUUUUCCUCUUCAACGAUCUGCUAGUGAUAACGAGCAUAAAGCGACGAAGCGGAACGAUUCGAAAAACGAACAUGACUUGCCCCGGAAGUGUGGCAUCAACACUCGACACGAACAAAUACAAAUACCUUACCAAGAUCUCUUUGGACGAUUUGGAGAUUGUGAAAUCUAAAGACGAGAAUGUGAGACGAAUCAUGAAAGAGAUCGAACAUCUAACGGACGACAGUGGGAAGCUGGUGCAAAUAUCGGACCUUACCGCCAGUCUGCGAUGUUCCCAUGGACCACUGGAGGAAGCGAUCCGCGAUCUGCAGCGCGAAAUUCAACGACAACUGGCCGAACGGCAAACGAACGAUGCUCAGUUGAACGUGCUAGAGCUUACGCUGAACACCUCCAAUGGCAUUCAGAACAUGACGGUGGUCUUCUCGAAACCGGACAAACGCACGGAGUGGGAAGAAACGUUCACGGAGGCCAAGCAGAAGCUGGCGAACAGUGUUGAGCGCAGUCAAAUUCCCGAAUUUUUCGUGUCCGUGCCGAUCCGCAAAACCCGGGCCGGUCUCCAGUUUACUUGUGCCUCACCGACGCUGGGUACGCAGAAGGAUGUUUGGGUGUGCAAUAGUGACGGCUACGUUGGGCAGGUCUGUGUGCUCAGUCUCGUGCCGGAGCCAUCCGUAACGAGCUGCAACGGUGUGUGCAAUGCGAGGAUCCUGUGCGUUGCAUCGGUGCCCGCUAGCGAAGAGCGGGUUAGCUCAGCGUUGAUGAACGUGAAUAUCUCCAUCGUCGAUGCGUCCUGCAACAGUAACGUAGUCAGCAAGUCGGCGGCAAACUCGGCCGUAAGUUCACCGGCUAAAAGCACGGAACGGAAAGGUUCGUUCAAGCACACCUGCGACUCGAGUAGUCGGACGGCCAGCAACGAGUCCGACAUCCAGCUGGAUUCGGGCAGCUCGAGUGAAGAUUCCGAGGUCGAAAGUCAACCGGAGCGUGCUUGUAGCCAGUCGUGUGUCUCGCUGACACCAAACCACCGGCAGCAAGACACAACACCGGCGACUACGGCCUGCUCCAUGGCGGCUGCCGAUGUAGAGCCGGAAACUCAGCAAUCGACUAUGUGGCUCGGAACGGAGGACGGUUGUAUUCACGUGUACAACUGCACGGACAAUAUACGUAUCAAGAAGAACAAGAUUAAAAUACCCCACGUCAGUGCGGUGUACUCAAUACUCUAUCUCGACAACCGAGUCUUCGUUUCACUGGCCAAUGGUGAUGUGUGCGUUUACUCUCGCGAUCGAACUGGUUGGAACGUUUCUUCCCCCUUGACGGUCACGGUCGGCACGGUGACAAAUCCGGUAAUAAAGCUCUUGAACGUACACGGAAAACUUUGGUGUGCAAUACAGGGCACCAUUAAAGUAUUAAACACUAAAAGUUUACAGAUUGAUAAUCAGAUUCAAAUCUCAAACGACUCAAAACCAAUCACAAAUAUGACAGUAUUAAACGAUUACGUGUGGAUUUCGGUGCAGAACUCGGCACACAUCAAGUGCUGCCACCAUGAAAGCUUUGAGGUUAUAUUUGAAGUUAACCUGGCACCGUCGGUCAACAAGAUGCUUUCGAACUGUGAUGACAUCAUCCGGCAGCACAAGGCUGCCUGCCUAAGGGUAACUUCGUUGCUGGCCUGCAAGGAGCUCAUCUGGGUUGGGACCAGCGCUGGCGUGCUGCUUACGAUUGCGGCGCACAACGUGGCGAAAGGAUCCUCACUGCCCGUCGUCACGGGUAUUCCACACGGUCACACCGGCCACGUACGCUUCUUGACCUACGUCGAGUCACCGGACGGUAUUGCGGGCGAAGAAUCACUGGCACUGCGCGAAGGAUCUGCAACGAGCGCAAUGAUCGCUUCCGUUGGAAAGACAGCAAAGGGUGGCCUGACAGUCAGCAGUCAGGAUUUACUCGUAAUAUCCGGUGGCGAUGGUUACGAGGAUUUCCGCAGCACUGGCAACAACACAAUGAGCGAUGUCGCUGGACGUGAAGAUAGCACCAACCAUUUGUUGCUGUGGAAAGUGUAAGAAGAAUUCGAUUACCAGAAGAAAUGCUUCCCGGCAUCCGUGCAACGUUCCGUGUCCGUGUCCGUUGAAGUAAAAGUAUUGUGAAUGAUUUUUUCCGCAUCUCGGUGCAGCGGAAAGGUACACCCAAGGCAAGGUGACGAUUUUUUGGACGCACUAAUUUACGGGCAAGCUGGACUUGUCUUUGUUUUCGCAAUUUUGGUUUGUAGCGAUCGCGCCAAAAACGCUCACGUUUGUUGCGACGGAACGGAACUGCUUAACAAUUUUUCAACACACAGUGAAUGGCCAAACGCAACAAACGAUAAGACAAUAAGAAUUUACAUGGUUAAACGCUAUUGCUGUAAGGGGUCCGUUGGUUGGCGCUGAUAAUUAAUUGAAGUUCGAGCGACGUUUGUUCACUCCACUAUUCCAAAGUACUCAUUAAACAAACACACACAGCCCAACACUAACGGAAACGAUGUUUGGUGUUGGCUGCCGGUCCGACAGAACGGCCGAAGAGGAAGUGGCGCCACAGUACCAUUUAUUGCUUGUCUCGUUUGUGCAUCGAAUUCUUAAAACCAUUACCGGUACUGGCACAUCCCUAUUUACCAAUACUGUAAGGCUACCAACAUUACUGGAUACUAUGGUUACUAGCGCUACACCACCGCUGCUAACGCUGGUGACUAACGUCGUAAUAAUCGUUUACAAUAUAGUAGAUCACCGUUAAGAUGGAGUGGAAUGCUGUGGAAAAGGGGUAACCAAGCACUGAAAAUUGGGCAAUGAAAAAGUGCACCAAACGGCCACGUGGCCACUAGGCACAAACCGAAUCAGUUAACAAAUUGGCAUGGAUAUGGACUAAUCGGUUUUGUUGUGUUUUUUUUUCGAAACUCUCAUCUCAACUCAACGCGUGAAUGUGAAUGCUAGUCGUAUGCUGUAGAAGCAACAAAAAUAUGGAGAAGCACAACUUAGUAGGCAGCGGGCCCAUUGUUGUCCCGUGUACUGUUGUAGCUCUAAGCAACCGAGCAGUAUGUUUAAAUGCUAUCCUUAUUAUGAUUAUUAUUAUUAUUACUAUAUUAAUACAAUAUACAAACGUACAGAACGCCAGACGGCUACUUAUCUAUGCGCAAAAGGCAGGGUACUGCGAAAUGAUUCCACAAUGCAUCUUUUUAAGUCACUGUAAACCCCUUUAUAACGUGCGCAAGUACUUGAUAAAAUACACACACGCCCCUGUAGAUGCACACGGCGGCGGCGACCGGUGUAGUGUGAACGAUGAUGUACGCAAGUAUGAAUUUAUCCAAUGAAACAUGCACAUAAAUUAACCACAGAUAGACAGAUAUCUGUAUGUGGCCACGUUACGUCAAGGAAUUCCACGUAGGAACGAAAGCAAACGAAAAACUACGACAAACGGGUUACUGUGUGCGCGAUCGGAUCGAAUGCGAAUGCUCGAAUGAUUGCUCAACGCCGACUAUAUUUCCUCCGUUGUUUAACGCUUUAAGAUCGUUUCUUCCAUCGGUGGUGUGGUGCAGCUUUGCGACACUCCACCGCGGUGUGAACCUACUCCAGUGCACAAGUCCUCCGUCAGUUUCCCACGGGUCCCGCGAAAGGAAUGCGUAAGAAAAAAAAAGAAAAUGUAAAA